GUCAGUCAGUAGCAGUCGGGCUGCGAUUCAGUACGGUCGUGAAAAAGUGGCUCUCGUCCCCAAUCCAUCGGAGCGCAUCGGAAAUCGCUUGUCGUGUUCGGUUCGGUUGCCCUUCCCUCGGUAGUAGUUUAUUUCCAGAGCAGGAGCGGUGACACUAUUGUAAACCACGUGGUUUUGUGCGGGCAGUGACGCAUGUUUAAAAGCAACAGGUAAAGCCAGUCUCCCCCCCCCCCCCUAAAAAAGAGGAUACUUUGUAGUGGUUUGCUGUUGGCUGAUUUUCACUACAUCAGGUUAAUUUGUGGUGAGAAGCACAGCAUCCUGGAAAGGUUGUCCUUGAUUUCAGCGCGAGGAAGAGGUAUACGGGAUAGGAAAGUGAAAUCGCAUCUAACACCCAGCGCUGACGGGCUCCCUCUCUACAGGAAAAUACCACAGAACCAGCAUGGCAUCGAUUGAUUACGACUACCUAAUUAAAUUCCUCGCCGUCGGCGAUUCAGGCGUUGGCAAGACGAGCUUCCUCUACCAGUACACGGACGGGGUAUUCCACACCAAAUUCAUCUCGACGGUUGGAAUUGACUUUCGCGAAAAGCGCGUGCUUUACACCUCCAACGGAAUCCACCACCGGAUACACCUGCAGCUGUGGGAUACGGCGGGUCAGGAACGAUUUCGCAGCCUGACGACGGCUUUCUACCGGGAUUCGAUGGGUUUCAUCCUGAUUUUUGACAUCACCAAUGAGCAGAGCUUUCUGGACGUACAGAACUGGAUGGAACAGCUGAAGCAGCACGCCUACUGUGACGAUCCGGACAUUGUGCUGUGCGGUAACAAGGCCGACUUGGACCACCGGCGGGUGAUCAGUGAAUCGCGGGCUAAAAGCCUGGCGGACAAGUAUAGUAUUGAUUAUGUGGAGACGAGCGCUUUUACCGGGCAUAAUGUCAAGGCGGCCAUUGAGAUGCUGCUCGAUAAAGUAAUGAAGCGAAUCGAGACGGUUGUGCUCAGUUCGACCAUUCAGGCACGGAGGGGUGUGCCGAAGUUGUUUGUCGAUACCAAGGAUCCGCCGAUAAAGCUGGACGAGGACAGUGAACAGUCGGCUGGGUCGGGGUGUAGAUGUUGAGGCUAAGCCGAGCGUCUGUCAUGAGUUUUUUGAGACACAUUUGAGCUUGAUUAGUCAAAUUUUGAAAAACAUUUUUAUACACAUUGUGUAGUGAAGCUCCGAAAAUUGGGGUUUGUUAUAAAAGAAUCUCUUUAGAAUUAAGGCAGAUGAACGUUUCAGAAAUAAAUUAAGAAUUGACAUCUUUGUGAGUAAGACAAUAUUUACAAAAAAACACAACAGUAUUAAAUGUUGAAACAAUAGUUGAUGUGUUAGAAAUACAUCUCAUGAGAGA